AUGACGGAGAAAGAAUACACAAAAAUACCAACUAAGGAACUAGAACACGAUCCUGAACCGAAUCCUGUUCUUCCAAAAUAUGGGUAUGGAGUACGACAUCUACAGGCGUUUCUUGCUUUCCUAACACUCGCCUUUGCUUACCUGGCAAGAGCACAUUUGGGUGUGACAAUUGUCGCAAUGACCAAUGAAAUUGAAAACAACACGCUGUAUAAUCAUACAGAACCCACUAUACAGGCUGUUCUAAAUAAUACCGAAGUUAAUUUGGAAAGUAGCGAAUGGAAUAUUUACAGAACUUACAGAUGGCCAAAAUCCACGCAAGAGAUAGCGUUGUCAUCCUUCUUCAUGGGGUAUUUUAUAAUGACAUUUCUGAGUGGGAUAAUAUGUCAAAAGUGGGGGGGAAAGAUCCCGCUCCAGAUAGCCAUGCUGGUAAAUGGCGUUGUGUCCAUUUUGUCGCCCUGGGCCAUUGCGUGGGGUGAUUGGAAAGCUUUAGCAGCCUGUCGGGUCAUACAAGGGUUGUCGCAAGGAGGUAUGUUACCCGGAAUCCAUACUUUGUUGGCAAAUUGGGUCCCGCUCAGCGAAAGAGGAAGUCUUAGUAGUUACGUGUAUACAGGAUCAGGAUUUGGCACGGUAAUCGGUUUCCAGUUCAGUGGUCUCCUUGCGUACAGCCGCUUCGGAUGGCCAUCCACAUUCUGGGCGGUUGGACUGUUGUGUUUAUUCGGCUUUACCUUGUUUUCCAUCUUCGGAUCAGCAACUCCAGGUGACCAUAAGACUAUUUCUGAAGAGGAGAAGAACUACAUAAUAGGAAGGUCUGGAGAGGGCACGCAAACGCAACCGAGUGUACCUUGGAAGACGAUUCUGACUUCAAAACAUGUCUUGGCCAAUUUCGUUUCACAUAUCGGCAACGUGCUGUGUUUCACAUUUUAUUUCAUGCAAGUACCGACUUAUAUGUUUGCGAUACUAAAGGUGAACAUCAGGAAUAGUGGUCUUCUGUCUUCUCUUCCGUACAUCUUCUUCAUGAUGAUGUCUAUGUUAUCUGGAAAUAUUUCUGAUGCCUUAAUCAAUAAGAAGGUUAUGACCACGAAGAGUGUACGGAGACUAGCAAACACUAUUGCUUCCACAAUUCCAGCUAUCUCUCUCUGCUUAGUGUCUUACACCGAAAACGUGAAUUUAGCUCUUAUGUGCUUCGUGAUAGCUCUAGGUGCGCAAGCGGUUAUGCAUUCCGGCUGGAUUCGGCCGGCAAGAGAGGCAUUGAUGGAUGAACGUGUGAAUUACAUAGAUUUAUCACCGAAUUAUAGUGGUGUACUUAUGGCGGUCGGUAAUGGCUUAGCCAACUUAGCCGUCCUAGUUCUACCUGUGAUGGUGUCAAAUAUUGUAACGGACGUGACAAACCAAGUACAAUGGCGGAUCACCUUAUUUAUAAUGGCUGGUAUAACACUCCUGACUAACAUUGUGUUUGUCAUUUUUAUAUCUACCGAUGUGCAACCAUGGAAUGAGGUGAAACAUGAAGCUGAAGAUGCAACCCAAAAGAGUUAA